GGCUCGGCCAGGCCCGGCCCGGCCCGGCUUCACCCAGCGCCGCCUCGGUCCCGCUGCUUCCGCGCUCCGCUUCCCCCGCUCGGAGCCAUGGACAUCACCGGGGACUUCUUCGGCAAGCUGCGGGACCUAGCCCUCACGGUGGAGAAGGAGGUGAAGCAGCUGGAGCGGGCCAUGCGCCGUGAGGACGCGGACUAUGAAGAUGAAUCUCCACAAGCAGUCUUGCAUGAUCUCCAUUGUGAAAUCAAGGCUCAAAAGGAAGAUGUUAAUGCCAGUCUCGGUAAGAGUUGCUCUGAAAAAAAAGCAGUUAAUGAGUUUAUGAAGGCAAGUGAAAUCUUGAUGCAAAGAAAUGCAGCAGAUCUUGGAGAAAUAAGAGAGCUGUUCCAGAAAUAUGGCUACAAACCACAUGCCAAAGAUUCUGCAGAAGAAGAGGAGGAUGAUGUGAACAGUGAAUCGGCCAUGUCUGUCCAGAAUAAAUCCGAUGAAGAAAAAGCAAAUGCUGUACCUCACCUCCCUGCUUCUACAGAGAAGGCGCCGCUGCCCAAAGACCCUCUGCGGAACCCCCAGCUCUCUGACUUUGGCCUUUCCCAGUACGCUUUCUCCAGGCCUUGGAGCGCCGUGAAAGCGCAGCGCACGCCUCAACGGCACUCCAAGAGUGAGACUCCGCUGCAAUGGCAAACGCCCCGGGCUCUGCCCAAAACACCGAAAUGUAAGCUAAAGAUGGAUGACUACGAGUGUGUGACGCCGAAACUUGAGCACUUUGGCAUUAGUGAACAUACCAUGUGUAUGAAUGAAGAUUACACGAUGUCACUGAUUCACAAAACUUCUCAGACGCUCAAAAAGUUGGUUAAAAGAGGAGACGAUAACGGGGGGAAUUUGCCAGAAAUUACAGUCAAGGAAAUCAUGGUUACUCCUGCAUCAAAAUCAAGUAACAGAGAUGAGAAUGCAGCAGCUGACUGGAUGGCUUCUCCUAUGGUAUUUGUGUUCUGUACUCCUGAUGUGACAGUCUCUUCCAAAACAAAUAAUACAGUAUUAUCAAAGUCACCAGAGACAAAGGAGCUGCCUCUUCCCCGUCAUACAGAAACACCACAGUGCCCAGAUUUUCAAACAAGAUGGCUAAAAGCAGAAGCUAAGCAGCAGGUAACACCAGGGGGGAAGAUUGAGUCAGUGACAAAGUGUGAUGCAAAAGAUACACCAUACAAAGAAGGAAGAAUUCCUUUUGCUUCAAGCUCUGAUGAGUAUCUUAAACAUUGUGGGGACCCUUCCCCUCCCAAACUGGAAGACUAUGACCAGUUACUCAGUACUCCUCCACCUCCAGAAAUAACAAGGAUACCAGAUAACGUUCUAAAGAUGCUUUCCCAAUAUAAUCAUAAGGUAGACUCUUCUAAAGCCAAGGAGAUGGAGACCAAGGUAGGAAAUACUACAAGAUAUGAAAUUGAUUCCACUGAUUACUGCAACAAAGAGAACAGAGGGUAUCGUGGAGUUUUCAAGACAAACUUCUGAAAUCAAACUGAAGACCAUGUUGAAACUUCCACAUUCAUGGAUCUUAUCACCAAAUCAUAACAAGUUCAAAAAGCAAAAGGAAAUACUGGUGGGAAGAAAGAGCCAUACCAAGAAGAGGUUUUUUUAAUGGGGAAAAAUUCUUUAUCCAUGAUGUGGGUAAACUUGUUUGAGCUAACAGCUUGUGCUUAAUUUUCCAUUGACAUUAUUGGCAAAAUGUAUUGAGGGGUCUUAAAUAUUUUGCACUUCAAAGAGGAAUGGAGAUCCACAUACAGGGUGGUACUGAAGUUGUUUGUUGUGUAGGAUUGCAUUGCAGUAGGCUGUAGAGAGUGCAGUUAGGUUGUAAUAAAAGGAAAGUCAAGUAUAUUGCUUUAAAAAGUGGAUAUCUCUGGUUGUUCUGGUAACUCUCCGUGGUUUUGGGGCUGAGGCUGAAGUUUGGUACUUCAACAGUAUUUGGUAUCUUCAACAGAAACAAAUAUUUUUGUAUUGAAAGGUUAACUCCUGUUUUACUGUUUAAAGCACUUCUGUGCUUUUAGUCCUUCCCGCAAUGCUAAGCUGUAUCUGACACAUUCCUGCAUCAGACUGACUUGCCUCUCUGAGGGACAGGCAUUUCCCAUGCAGCUUCUUUCUUUAUAUAUCAACAUAGUAACAGAUGCUAUGCAUCUGGUUUCUUUAUAGCCCUAGAAGGUGACUCUGGCUCUACUGUGAAUCAUUUGAAAAUGUGCAAUUGUUACCGGUUCUGUGUAUCUUCAGUGCUGGGAAGAAUUUGCUGGCAGGCCUGUAGGCGAUUGCUUCCUCUCCUGCUGCUGCCAUGUGUAUCCUCUCCAGUGCUGGUGUCACCUCUAAAUGUGCCCAUCUAACCCUGUAGUAGCUGACCAAGCUGAAGUUCUCAGAGCUGUUUGGCACUCUUGGUAGUCAUAGUAAUUAGGAUUUUUUUCUACCAGCACUUUUACCAUUUUCCACUAAAAAACCCAGCUCCAUGUCCUUGUUUGGAGCCAGUUUGCUGUUUCCAGUGUCAGCUGUUCCUCUAAGUGCCUCCAGGACUGUUCUUACAGUCUUCCAGUUGAUGACUGAAAUUCUGUCAUUUAUAUGAGGGCAAACAUGCAACACAUGAGAAGGGAGAGACUGUCCCAGGAGAUGGGGAUAAGUGGAUGUUUUUCUGAAACUCAGCUCCAUAUUUUUUAAAGUCUUCAGGGUAUGCAGACAUCUAGAGAUGCCCACAAGUAUUUCUUCAUUUGCUUAGACUUGUCCUGGUUGAAACUUAACAACUAAAGGUGCCUUUUUCCUGCUAUUACAGUAAUUUCCAGGAUAAGCAUGCAUCCGAUUAAUUUGAGGUGAUUUUUCUACUAGUUCUGAGCCAAGCACACUGUCACUGAAAACGCUAGUUUCUGUUUAAAAGUAUCUAUGUAUUAAUGUGUCAGUCUGUGAGCUUAAUUAAGACUUUUGAAUACUAAAUAAAUCUGUCUCAAAUGC